GGCCUCUGAUCUGAGACGUCAUCCUGCGGUACAUGAGAAGGUAAAUGCAAACGAAAGUGAAAGGAAAGCUGUAUAUACGGGGUCUUCCUCGCCCUCCUUCACAUCCCAGCCAAGCUGAGAAGAUUCAGGACGUCUGCGAACAUCUCAGCCCAUCAUGGUGUGGACAGGUGUGCUGAAGGCAGCGCUCCUCCUCUCUCUGCUCUCUUCAGGAAUCAGGGAUGUUGAAGGCUUGGAACCUGUAGACCUGACCGCACUGCAGCACAUAGUCAGGGUGAUCAAUGUGCAUGCCAACCCAGCAGUAUCUCAAGUGGUACCUGCAUCUGGACCAGGAUCAGGUCCUCGAGAAGACGUUCAGUAUGGUAUGGCAGUGAGGAUCACAAAAAAUCAGUGUCUACAAGGUUUUGAUGGCCAGGGUCUUGAACCUCUUAAAAAGGAAGUUGGUGAAUUCAAGAACACCCUGAACACUAAAGAUGUGUAUGAAGGACAAAUGGUCAUUGCUGCCAAACCUCAGAAUCAGAAACAUUCAGAGUACCGGCUGUUAAUAGAAAAUAAAGGGAUGGUCAUAAAAAAAUUGCUAGAGAGCAGAGAGGGAAGAAAUGAUGAAGACUGUGUAAUCUUUUACACCUACAACUCCCCCUGUUUGAAAACAUGCCUCAAUGAAGAGGAAGAUAAUAAGAAAAAAGAGAGGGAUGCAAAACGAAAAAAUCCUAAAGAAACGUACAGGUGUAUUUAUUCUGCUCUUGAUGUCUUUAAUGAGCAUCACGGCCCAAAGGCUUUGGUUUUCUCUCAGAUCUACAGAGAAGACAUGAACAAGAUCGAGCUGUCAGAGUGCUUAAGCAAAAUCGCAGUUCGGAUUCCUCUGUAUCAGUGUGAUAAUAACAAUAGGUGUAGGCGCUGUGAGCAGGAUAAUCAAUACUGUACAGGUGCAGGUGCGGAUCUGGCUGGAUAAACCGGUGCUCAUCUGAUCUGAUGAUUACCUGAUUAAACGCCACAUCCAGCGAUGAUGAACAGACCUGCUUUGGUUCAGUUAGCAGUAUUAGCAAUAUUAGCUUUCUUCAAGUAUUAAGACAUUGAUUAUCCUGGCUCCAUAUUAUCUGUGACGUGUUUCCUAUAUGAGCGACUCCCUCACUCAAGCUCAAAGAAAUUCAACAUUACAGCCAUAUGCCACAGUUUGAACACCCUGUUCAAAUGGUAUGGUGUUGAUUUUCUGGGUGAAAAAAACUUAACACAAUUUCUACAGAGAACACACUUAAAUGUUUGCACUUUUCUGCGAAUUUUAGUGCACAAUUUCUACUUUAACAUGGGGAAAAAAAUACAAUGUAAAAUAUAGUAUAACAUUUGCUUAGGCCACAUUUUAUGCUAUAUUUUCCCCCAUACGUUUUCAAAUUCAACAAAUAAACAGUACUUGUGCAUUAAAAAUGGAUAGUCUAGAGGAUGUUAGCUUAUUUUCACUCAAAUCAACAAGGUGUCAUUUGACCAGGGUGCCCAAACUUUUGCACAGGACCAUACUUUAAAGCCUUAUCUUAUAUUCUAUACAGUGCCAAUAAAGAUUCAUUAGCAUCUCAGUCGGGAACCUGGAUCAGCAUCAUUUUUACACAGCAUUUCUUGAGUUAACUAAAAUUCAUCCAACUCAAACUUCAUAGUUUAGUCAAAAGUUCUCACAUUUUUAGUUCUGUUUGGCAAACAAUAGCUUUUUUCAUAGCUACCUUACCUAGCUUGGAUCAUUACACAGUCCCACCAGGCACUUUGUUCUCUUUGGCUUCCACUUAUGGAUGGCUGUGGCAACGCUGGGUUUUAAACUGGUGUGGUUAAUGUUUAGACAGUAUCACCACAUGUCAGUUUUUAAAGUUGAAACAGCUGUAGGGAUACAGAAAACAUGAGAAAGGUCAGGACCUCUCAAGUGGUGUAGCCGUCUAAGCCUUGAUAUAAGGAGAUCACGAGUUUGAACCCCAGUGAUGCCACAGCCAUCUCUAUGUGGGAGCCCAAGAGGAGAAAAUGGCUGGUGUGUGAUGAAAAAGAAUCUCAGUCUUUUUUGUUUAGUUAACCUGUUAGGAGAACCGCAGACUAGACCAAGACGUAUGAGUUGGUGUCCUAAGUUGAGUUAACUUAUGAAAUGCUACGUAGUACGACACCUUAUUUAGUUUUUUACAGUGCAGAUGAACGUUUGCUGACAGAAACUCACAGAAGCCAAUGAGAAGCGUUUGAAGUAAAUGACCAUGUAACACUAAUUCACAAGUGCUGUUGUCAAAUUUGAAGAAUUCAUGAAUGUCUUCUACAAAACCUGUUUCAUAUAAAUGUUUACUGACUAAAUUCAGCACUAGGUCUUUAUUUGUAAGUGAGUGAAGUUGUCAUGGUAUUCGACCGUACACUAUGAAUGCAGCAGAUCCUUUUACCACAUAUGUCACAUUAAAGUAAAUGAAAUGUGGAACUGUUGACAUUGUAAAACAGUUGACUUUCACAUUAUAUAGAACACUAUGUUAUAUCUGCUUGCUCUGUAUUAGUAAUGUAUAUCAGGAGCUCAUGCUUUGCCAAUAUGUUACUCAUUAAACUCAAUAAAUACAGCAUUGAUCACAGUU